CGGAAUUGGACCGAGCCAUCUAUCGAGUUUUGCGCGAUCUAUGCCCAGGCAUCUGAACCGGAGUAUCUCGAUUCACUUGGCUGUUCCCCGCAUUGGUUGCGUUUCAAGAACCACAAGACUCGGAAUAGACAGACGAAGCACUGGAUGCACCCCCAGAGAUCACCGCUAGUCCUUCGAACACUUUCAGCCUCAUCUUUGAGGUUCUCCUGACUCGGGAAACACAAUCAGUAUGGUGUCCUCUCUACGACGUCUGGCCGCGGACCACGCAGGGCUACACGAGGAACUCCCUCCCAACUACAUCUUCCCCUCCGACGACGCAGACGACCUGACGCAGCUCACAACCCUCCUGGCUGGACCACAGGGUACACCAUACUCGCAGGGAUUAUGGCGACUACAUCUGAAAAUGCCGGAGGACUACCCCAAGAGCCCACCGAAGGCAACGUUCAAGACUCGGAUAUGGCAUCCUAAUGUGGAGGAAUCGACCGGGGCUGUUUGCGUGGACACGUUGAAGCGAGACUGGAAGUCCAAUCUGACCCUGAAGGAUGUUCUGGUCACAAUCUCUUGCCUUCUCAUCUACCCCAACCCCGACUCCGCACUGAAUUCCGCCGCCGGCGCCCUUCUUCAAGAGAACUACGAUGCCUUUGCCCGUCAAGCACGACUCAUGACCUCCAUCCACGCCGCAGUUCCACCAGAGCUCGCCUCCGCCGUGUCCGAUGCAAAAACCAGAGGCGAAGACGCCGGGACGAUCAUCCCCGAAGAACGGGAGGACCCUCGCGCUCUGCGAUCACAAAGGGGUGCCAGAAUCGCCUCAGUGACGAUGAAGAAGCGCACCACCCGGAGGAACAACAGCGAAGAGAGCUCAGGUUCACGAUCCCAACAACCCGGCCCAUCCAUCCGACAACAACAACACCAUCAUCAACAUCAACUCCCAGAAGAAACCCAAUCUCAACCUCACCUCCACCCCCUCGACACAACCAUCUCUGACGACGAAUCCGAAUCCGAAACCUCCACCAACGCAAGCAAAGAAAACGACCCUUCCCUCUCCCUCUCCCCCUCCCCAAUCCGACUCACCGCGCCCAGCGUCCGCAAAAACGCCCACGGAAAACGCCCCCUCUCCGUCCUAACGAUGCCCACGGGCUUCGACGACCCCUUCAAAAUGGACACAGACGACAUGAUGAUGACCGCCGCCGACGGCAUGUCCGCCUCGGAGAAGAACAUCGCCGCAAACUACCCGGACGAUCGGGAUCCUUCCCCGCAGCGCAAAUCCCCCAAACUCUCCGUCCUCAACAAGGGCAUCAACUCCUCCGGACGCACCCGCGACGACCUCCAGAUCUUCGAAGACGAACCCGACCCGUCCCCCGAUGGCGCCUUCGCCCGUCGCCGCAGCGGAGACGGCAAGGAGAACCCGCGUUCCCUGCCUGAGCUGAAAGACACAACGGAUCCCGCCCUCCGCGCUUCCCACCCCAGCAACCCUCCUACCGUCCUCACUCCGUCCGCGUCGACCUCCGCCCCGUCACACUUGAGACAGACAAAGCUGGUCACGGGUCUGAGGAAAGUGACCGCGUCGAAAGCCAAGAAGGCAAAGCCUCGCAUUGGUAUUCGCAGACUGUGAAUCAUUUCCAUGCACUUACUUACUUUACUCACUUACUCUCCUCCACCCUUUCGUUUCGCAGUAUUUACUUACCUACUGCAUCAUCCACAUUCUCACCUGUAUCUUGUUCUUCUCCUCACCCUCACACUCUCCUCACCCCCCGUCUUCUCUUCCUUCCCCUCUACGAUUUACCAUAUUAAUACCCUCCCAUGCCCAUACCCAUAGCCAAAUCCAUACCCGUACCCCCAUUCCCCAAGAGAAACAGAUACAAG